GUAGCCGAAUCAAUCAUGGGAUUCGCAGGAGAUGAGGAAGCAGCAGCCGAAGUACCAGGACUUGGAGGGUCUCUUUUCAGGUACAACUCACCCCUGGUACAGGUCAGCUUAAUAGGUCUAGUAUGCUUCUGUUGUCCUGGCAUGUUCAAUGCCCUUUCUGGCAUGGGAGGUGGUGGCCAGGUUGAUCCUACUGCAGCUAAUAACGCCAACACAGCUCUGUACGCGACCUUUUCCAUCUUUGGAAUCCUUGGUGGUGGCAUCUACAACAUCUUUGGACCAAGGAUUACCCUUGCCAUAGGCUGCUCCACAUAUGUUCUUUAUGCUGGCUCUUUCCUUUACUACAAUCACCACAAAGACCAGACUUUCGCUAUCACUGCUGGUGCUUUGCUUGGUAUCGGUGCAGGACUUCUUUGGGCCGGGCAAGGUGCUAUCAUGACUUCCUAUCCCACUCCUGCUCGUAAAGGCACCUAUAUUUCGCUCUUCUGGACUAUUUUCAAUUUCGGUGGUGUCAUCGGUGGAUUCAUACCUUUCAUCCUGAACUACCACCGUGAAAACGCGGAAUCUGUCGAUGACAAGACAUAUAUUACCUUCAUGUGUUUCAUGUCAGCUGGUGCCCUCAUCUCAUUUGCAAUUCUACCCCCUGAUCGUGUUGUCAGAGAUGAUGGUACUCGUUGCACCAACAUCAAAUAUUCAAAUGUUACCACAGAGGCUAUUGAGAUUCUUAAGCUCUUUCGUAAUUGGAAGCUGAGUCUCAUCAUCCCAGCUGCCUGGGCUAGCAACUUCUUCUACAGCUACCAGUUCGAUAAUGUUAAUGGUUUGAUGUUUAAUCUGAGAACAAGAGGAUUUAACAAUGUCUUUUAUUGGGGGGCUCAAAUGAUAGGUUCAGUUGCAAUUGGAUAUGUUCUAGACUUCAGUUUCAAGAGCAGAAGAACUAGAGGUUUGGUUGGGAUAGGAAUUGUCGCUGUGCUUGGAACUGCAAUUUGGGCUGGUGGCCUUGCCAAUCAGUUGAAUUAUUCUCUUCACAAGCUUCCCAAGCGGUUGGAUUUCAAAAAAUCCGGAAAUGAAUUUGCUGGACCUUUCGUAUUGUACUUUUGCUAUGGAUUAUUGGAUGCCAUGUUUCAAAGUUUGGUUUAUUGGGUGAUUGGAGCAUUAGCUGAUAACUCAGAGACCCUCAGCAGAUAUAACGGUUUCUACAAGGGAGUGCAGAGUGCAGGAGCUGCAGUUGCCUGGCAAGUAGUAGACAAAAAUAAGGUUCCCUUGCUCAACCAGCUGAUUGUGAAUUGGGCGCUUACCACUUUGAGUUAUCCAUUGCUGGCAGUCCUCGUUUACAUGGCGGUCAAGGAUGAUAAUAAGUCUGCGAAAGAUGCUGAAACUGAUUCUGGACUGCCUCCCCCUGCUUCAGUGAAAGAUGGUUACAAAGAACUUGACAAGUCUGCUCCUGCUACAGAAAAGGAUGCUUCCCUAGAACUUGGGAAGUCUACCUGA